AUGGGCGGCAAGGGCGCCAAUCAGGCCGCCGCCGCCGCCCGUCUGGGGCAGGGAUGCGGCCUGCGCGUCUACAUGGCAGGCCGUACAGGCACCGACCAGUUCGGUGCCCUGGCCCGGACAUUGCUGACACCCUUCGGCGUCGACCUCUCGGCACUGCGUGAAGAUGCAGCCUAUCCGACGGGCGUUGCGCUCAUUACCGUCGAUGCGAAGGCAGAGAACAUCAUCACCGUCGCCGGUGGCGCCAAUAUGGCCCUCGAUGUAAGCGACGUCGAAGCGCAUCGCGCGCUCAUACACUCAGCGUCGGCCCUGCUUCUGCAACUCGAAAUUCCGCUCGACAUCACCAUUGCCGCCGCCGAAGAAGCACGUCGUGCCGGAACGCUGGUGAUUCUCGACCCGGCCCCUGCCCCCGCACAGGGUUUGCCCGAGGCGCUGUGGCGCGCACUCGACGUCGUUACCCCCAACGAAACCGAGACCCGCCUUUUGACCGGUAUCUAUCCUGAAACGGAAAAGGAAGCCGCUCAGGCCGCGCUGAAACUGCAGGAGCGCGGAGCAGCCCAUGCGCUGGUGAAAAUGGGCGCACGUGGCGUCUAUUAUCGCAGCGGCACGCAAGAAGGCUUCGUGCCGCCAUAUACGGUGAAAGCGAUCGACACGGUGGCGGCGGGUGAUUGCUUCAAUGGCGGUCUGGCGACCGCCCUGACGCUGGGCAAGCCCUUCGCCGAAGCGGUUCGCUAUGCUGCGGCCAGCGGCGCCCUUGCCACCACGAGGCUCGGUGCUGCCGAAUCCGCGCCAGACUGGCACGAUGUCGUGUCUCUGGUCGAAACAGGCCGCGUUGCCGGUCAGGGCUAG